UAUAAGCUAGGGCGUGCAGGAUCCCUGACAUUGCCCUACGCUUGAACAGUGUCCACGGGUGUAGUAGGUAGAUCCUUCCCGCAAUGAUCAAAAUAGUUGUGUUGAUAUUUGUCCUCGCGGUGUGCGGACGCGCAGAUGACAAUUCGACUGAAACGGGCGCGAGGCAGAAAAGGGCGAUGUUGUUUUUCGACGACAAUGGCAACCUGAUGAAGACAUUUUCGAACCCCUACAUGCAGAUGCUGGCUCGAUACGCCUCUCUGAGGCCGGAGCACACCAAUUUUCUGGAGUACUUCUUCAAUUUCUUGCGUCCAUUACUUAUGAACGCGUCGGCCGCCGCCUACAUGAUACCUGUCUCCGAAGACGUGAUCCAACAGGUUAACAUGGAUCCCGUGUACCAGAACAGGUUGACUAUCUCGAAAAGAGGUCCCGACUUUAACCCUCUGUGUGCGGGCCGCCGGUCGCAGAUACCGUCGCCUAGCAGUUGCAACAGCUUCUUGAGCUGUUGGGAUGGGUGGGCGUAUGAGCUGGACUGCCCUGAAGGGUUAAUGUUCUCUAGUGGAGGGUUCUGUGAUUAUGCAGAUAUGGUGCAAUGCAAGGAUAGGUCUGUGGCGAUCCCCAACCCCGUAAUGCCGCAAUGUAAGACCGACUUCGAGACCUUCCGCAACGAGUUGAACUGCAAUGAGUUCUUCGUGUGCGUCAACCGCAAACCAGUGAAGUUUCAGUGCCCUGCAGAUUUGGCCUACAGUCCGAAAUUCGGCGUCUGCGACUACCCAGCUCUAGUAGACUGCUCCAGCUCAUCUACCUUCAUACCACCUGGUCCACCGCAGCCUCCAGCACCAUCUACUUCCGCACCAGCUGCCUCCGAGCCCCCGACUCUCACCACCAAACCUCUCUUGUUCCCUCGACCUGAUAAGCCGUCCCUAGCCAAUCUACCCACUAUUCCUCAGAUCAACCAGUUCCCUGGCGGACCUUGGAUCAGGCCUGCACCCCAGGAGACUGACGCUCCAGGAUUCCAGUUUAAUCCUAACUUGUCAGAUGGAAAUGCUAUUUUCAUGCAGAAUUCUAUCUACAAUAGUCACAACUUCGCAACGCCAGUGGCCAUAAUGUCUCCUCAAGACGCUAUCCGCUAUCUAAAGCUGAACAAUAUACCAGAAGUCAACUCCUCACAAUGAAGAGAACCCUGUGAUAAUAAGUAAUCUCGUGCAAUUAUGAUUUUAGAUUAACUAAGAAAUGCCAUGAUGCCAUUUAAUCUUCAUUUUUGUACAUUUAUUUAAUGCAUGUGUGAUAUAAUUUCUAAAAAUGUGUCAUCUUCCAAGCAUUUAUAUUAUUCUUGCCAAGUCUGAAUGUAAUAGACGAAGAAAUGCAAUAAAAUGUAAUAAAUUACCUAUUGUUUAUUUCCCUAAUAUAAAAAAAUAAAUGAACGCGUAAAUUAUAAGAACUUUAUUUACAUAAAUCCACAUAACCACUAGCUUACCUAAUUAUGACUAAACAACAUACAUUUCGACGUUGCACCAACCACAAACGUUGGUGCCACGUCAAAGUAACCUCUGAAGUUUUUGGCAACAGCAAUU